UUGAUUCAUGCCGCUUUGACUUUGGUCAGUCGUUGGUACAAAUAAUUCUAGUACUUUUUAGCUACUUGAGUGAAUAAUGCAUUUUCGAGCAGCUAAACUACUGUCAUUUGUCUGCGCCAUUUUAGUCGGCAAUUCCCAUGGAGGCGUUUUAGUGGAAAAUUCAAGUCGCGCAAUAACGGCCACGGAAAUAUUUCGAACCGACUUUGGUCAGCCGACACUCUCAGCUGCCUUCGGUGGGGCACGUAUCAAGUACGGAGGGAACAAUGCAAUUCUGUGGGCGUCUGGAGGAGGAAUUGAUGUCGUCUACCCGGCAGGAAGCUAUUCUCCGGAAGGACCAAUAGUUGGCGGCUUUGGAGUUUGGACUAAUCAUCACAUCGCAAAUACUGCUAUACUCCAGUUCGGCGUUUUCUUUCCGGCCGAUUUCAAUUUUGUCCAUGGUGGUAAACUUCCCGGAUUGUAUGGUGGAAAACAGUCAUGUGCUGGUGGAGAUCCGGCGGUGGAUUGCUGGUCGGUUCGGGUCAUGUGGCGUGAAAAUGGGGAUGGUGAGCUGUACCUAUAUGCAAACAGAGAGGCACAAGAUCCUGAAAUUUGUAACACGCCCGGAAAUUAUUGCAAUCCUGAUUUUGGCUGGUCACUUAGCACUGGAGCCUUCCGAUUUCGUCGAGGAGAAUGGAGUAAUGUUGAAGUCAGGGUGACAAUGAAUUCUAUCGGACAGAGAAAUGGGAUUUGUGUGAUUAAGGUCAACGGGGCUGAGGUUAUUCGGUACAAUAACUUUGUCUACAGAAUUCCGCAGUAUCCUCAGCUGGCAGUGGAUGGAAUUGCGGUGGAUACUUUUUUCGGUGGGGGUAGCGACUACUGGGCGACGCCGACUCGUCAAGUUACAAAGUUUAGAGAGUUCAUUCUCUCAUAUGAAUAAGUUGUUAACAAAUCAUAAUGGUUUCAUGUUUUCCAUAAUAUUGCAGCAACAAUAAAUGCAUACAAAAUUAAUCCACAUAACGAG